UGAUGUUGUUUAGGUGCAGAAAAAACACUCCUGCUUGUUCAGACACCAGUCUGUCCACCAGGGGGCAUCACAGGGUCACUCAUCUCAGUCCAGGGUUCUGCUCCUCCAGCUCUCCUCACUUGUUCAGAUGUUCUUCAUUGUUCGGUUCAUCUGUUCGUCUGUCUCCGUCUGACCGACAGCAUGAAGGAACUGAGUCACUUUCUGGUUCUGAUGUGUGUUUGUUGUGUUGGUCUUGUGUGUGGUUGGCACGACUUGGACAACAGCGAGUACGACUGCUGGCCUCUGCAGGGACCCAACGAGUUCAACAUGAUCGACUGUGGAGGUCUGGAGAUGGCGUGGGUGGUCCGUCCUCCAGAGCUGGUGAAGAGCGGGGAGGUCUUCAGCGUCACAUAUUCUGUCACGGCCCGCGACUCCUUCUACGACUGGGCAAUCACAAACAGCAUCUUCACUCAGAGUUAUAUAACAGACGCAGCUUCAGCUCGGAGGUUCUGUGAACAUCAGGAGUGUCCCACAAACUGGAAAGACGCCAACGGAGAGAACUGCUGCAUCCAUCACGCUAACAUCCACUCCUGUCCUCUGGGAUACAUGGCAUCAGAGAGCAUCUGUGGGCCCUGGAUCCCUGACGAUGGAAAAAUCUUCACCCACACCAUCUCCACCUCUGGCAGGAUGACCCAGACCAACUGGACAUCCAAGGUGGUUCUGCUUCAUGCCGGCUUGACCUCCCUCAUUGCUCACAUACGAGUUGGGAUCAUGCAAGCUGCCCUGGAGGCCAAGAGCACUGUGCUGCCAGCUGUGGUUUGUGGGAACGAUGUCUGUGAGGACGGGGAGCUUUGCUCCACCUGUCCAGCCGACUGUGGCGAUUGCCCCAUGAGCCUGAGCACCAAAAUGGCCAUCGGCCUGCCGCUCAGCCUGGUCUGCCUGUCCUUCAUCCUCACUGCAGUGUGGCUGAGGUACCAGAAGGAGAAGCUGCUGUGGGACGAGAGCUGGAUCAUCGAUUUCUCAAAGAUCAAACAAGAUCAGGAAGCACGAAUGACCAUGGGCAGUAUAAUGAGCGUCCCAGUGGGGCACAGUGACAGCAACACCAGCUGUCUAACUGGGCUCAACUCCUGUACAGGACAGGCUGGAACCCGGAGGACUCCAUUCAUCUGCACCGGGAUAUAUGACGGCAGGACCGUGGCCAUCAAGAGAAUCCAGACGAAGAUGUUCUCACUGUCCAAAACCAUCAGACAAGAAGUCAAACAAGUCAGGGAACUGGAUCACCCCAACCUCUGCAAGUUCAUUGGAGGGUGCAUUGAGGUACCAAACAUUGCCAUCAUAACAGAGUAUUGCCCAAAGGGAAGCCUCAACGACGUCCUUCUUAACGAGGAGAUCCCACUCAAUUGGGGCUUCAGGUUCUCCUUCGCCUCGGACAUCGCCAGAGGGAUGUCGUAUCUCCACCAACACAAGAUCUGUCACGGCCGGCUGAAGUCUCUGAACUGUGUCUUAGAUGACCGCUGGGUCUGCAAGAUCACAGAUUAUGGACUGAGGAUGUACCGCAGAGACGAUGGAACCGAGCCGCUGACUACUUAUCAGCAGAGACUCAUGGAGGUGUACAUGCCACCCGAGUUCCAGAACUCCAACAUGGAACCAACCCUGGCUGGAGAUGUGUUCAGUUAUUCCAUAAUUCUCUUGGAGAUAGCGACUCGGAAUGACCCCGUCCCCGCAGAAGAGUCCAGUCUGGAGUGUGCCUGGUGUCCUCCUCUCCCAGAACUGAUCUCCAGUAAAACCGACAACACCUGCCCCUGUCCCGCCGACUACGUUGAUCUGAUUCGUCGGUGCCGCUCCCAUAACCCCGCCCACCGGCCCACCUUUGAGCAGAUUAAGAAGUUUGUCCACCGGAUCAACCCCAUUAAAGUCAGCCCGGUGGACAUGAUGAUGAACCUGAUGGAGAAGUACAGCAAACAUCUGGAGGUCCUGGUGGCUGAACGGACUCAGGAUCUGACCCACGAGAAACAGAAAACCGACCGGCUGCUUUAUAGUAUGCUCCCAAAGCAGGUCGCCGAUGACUUACGUCAGGGGAAACCAUCGCAGGCUCAGAGCUACGUCAGCGCUACCGUCUUCUUCAGUGACAUCGUGGGCUUCACUCAGCUGUCCAGCAGCAGCACGCCUUACCAGGUGGUGGACUUCCUCAACAAGCUCUACACAACCUUCGACGACAUCAUCGACAACCAUGACGUGUACAAGGUGGAGACCAUCGGAGACGCCUACAUGGUGGUGUCCGGCGUUCCUCUGGAGAACGGGAUCCUCCACGCCUCUGAGAUCGCCAGCAUGGCUCUGGACCUGGUGGGCGUCUGCCGGACCUUCAGGAUCCCCCACAAACCCGGCAUGCAGCUGCAGAUCCGAGGAGGGAUCCACUCCGGGCCGGUGGUGGCCGGGGUGGUGGGGACCAAGAUGCCGCGCUACUGCCUGUUUGGAGACACGGUGAACACGGCGUCCCGGAUGGAGUCCACCAGCCUGGCUCUGAAGAUCCAGUGCAGCUCCAGUGCCUUCUACCUGCUGGAGGAGAUCGGAGGCUACGUCCUGGAGUGUAGAGGAGUUCUGCAGGUCAAGGGCAAAGGAGACAUGGUGACCUACUGGCUGCAGGGGAAGAAGACGACUCCGCUUACCAAGAAUGUGAAGGAGUCUGAAGACAAACCCUCCAAGGGCGUUACCAUGGAGACCGAUGCGGAGGAGGAGCCGUACCCGUCCAUUCCCGGGUUCCUGAACGACGACCUCCUGAUGGAUCCCACCUGAAGACGCUCUCAGUUUGUGUUUGUUU